UCGCACUCGGGUUUUCUUCACCGAACCAUCUUCUGCUUGGACUAGAAACUGAACCUCCAACGGGUGCCAGGUGAAGCCCCCGCAAAGGAUGACCCACAGCAGGGGCUGCAGAUGGACCCACUGGCUCCCAGUCCUGGUGGUGUUUCUGAUGUACUCGGCCCACGCCGAAUACUCAAACUGUGGCGAGAAUGAAUACUACAACCAGACCACGGGGAUGUGCCACGAGUGUCCCCAGUGUGGACCCGGGGAGGAGCCCUACAUGGCCUGUGGCUACGGCACCAAAGACGACGACUAUGGCUGUGUCCCCUGCCCAGCGGAGAAGUUUUCCAAAGGAGGCUACCAGAUAUGCAGGCGCCACAAGGACUGUGAAGGCUUCUUCCGAGCCACUGUGCUGAUGCCGGGGGACAUGGAGAAUGAUGCCGAGUGUGGGCCCUGUCUCCCUGGCUACUACAUGUUGGAAAAUAGACCCAGGAACAUCUACGGCAUGGUCUGCUACUCCUGCCUGCUGGCCCCUCCCAACACCAAGGAAUGUGUGGGAGCCACCUCGGGACUUUCUGCCGCCUUCCCCAGCACGUCUGGCAGCAGCACCCUGUCUCCUUUCCAGCACGCCCAUAAAGCAGACCUCUCGAGCCAAGGACACCUGGCCACAGCCCUCAUCAUCGCCAUGUCCACCAUCUUCAUCAUGGCCAUCGCCAUUGUCCUCAUCAUCAUGUUCUACAUCAUGAAGACGAGGCCUUCUGCCCAAGCCUGCUGUUCCAGCCACUCAGUGAAGAGCGUGGAGGCCCAAGUGAGCAAGGAAGAGGAGAAGAAAGAAGUUCAAGACAAUGUGGUGAUUUACUCUGAGAAGGAUGAAUUCGAGAAACUGACAGCAACUCCAGCAAAGACUACCAAGAGCGAGAACGAUGCAUCCUCUGAGAACGAGCAGCUGUUGAGCCGGAGCAUGGACAGUGAUGAAGAGCCUGCCGUUGACAAGCAAGGGUCCCCAGAGCUGUGCCUGUUAUCAUUAGUUCACCUGACGAGAGAGAAGUCUUCCCCUAACAACAAAUCAACCGGGAUUCAAAGUCGAAGGAAAAAGAUACUGGAUGUGUAUGCCAAUGUGUGUGGUGUGGUAGAAGGUCUUAGCCCCACAGAGUUGCCAUUUGAUUGCCUUGAGAAGACCAGCCGAAUGCUCAGCUCCACGUACAACUCUGAGAAGGCUGUUGUGAAAACAUGGCGCCACCUUGCUGAGAGCUUCGGAUUGAAGAGGGAUGAGAUUGGGGGCAUGUCAGAUGGCAUGCAGCUCUUUGACCGCAUCAGCACGGCAGGCUACAGCAUUCCAGAGCUGCUCACAAAACUGGUGCAAAUCGAGCGGCUGGAUGCUGUGGAGUCCCUUUGCGCAGACAUACUGGAGUGGGCUGGGGUUGUGCCACCCGCCUCCCAGCCACCCGCAACAUCCUGAGACGCAUGACUGUGAAUUGUUCUUCCUUGGGAUGAGCCAAGGGACCUGAGGGCUCUGGAGCUGUGAGUGGUGCCAAAAGGAUCAAGGCUUUUUCCGUUGUCACCAGGAUAUACCCUAGGCUGUUCCAAAGUGCAAGAGGAAACACCUAUCUUCCAAUCUAACCAAAGAUAAAGGAUUAAAGCUGGGAUACUCCCAGCUACCCAUUUAUACCUCACCAGACAGAAUGAAUAUUUAUUCAUUCAUCCAGUCAGCCGUUAAUUCAUUCUGUAGACAUUGUUGAAUACCCAAAUGAACCUAACAAUGUGGCAAUGACAAAGGUGAAGAAUCUGGUCCUUACGUUUAAGGAGUUUACAAUCUAGUGGGAGAAAUAAGACACGACAUGUCUACACAUUGCUUCAAUAGAAGACAUAAAUCAAACUGAAUAAAGGGAUCCAAGAAAAUGUAAUAGAAGUUCUAAGAGAGGGAGAUGGCUGGUCACUGGGGUGAUGAAGGAAGGCUUCCUCAUGAAGAAAGCAGCUUGAAGGUUUUGGGAAAAUGGCUGUAAAAUGCAGAGACCCCAUGUAUUAUUUCGGGUUCAGUACAAGUGUGUUAAUAUACUAUAUUAUUUCUUUAGGAUUACUAUACCUAUCAUUGAGGUCAUUCAUAGUUCCUACAACCCUUUGAGUCAAUAAUGGAAGAGCUCUCUCUCUAGUCUGCUUUAUGUCACAGAUAUGCAAGGCACGUAUUUUUCCCAUGAAGUAGACCUGUGUAGUAGCCAAUGUUCUUUAUUGCCGAAGUCCAAGACCUGGUAGCCCAGUGGUUUUGUAUUACAUGUGAAUUGCCUUCCAUUCUCCUCAUUAGUCAGGUUUGACUUUACGGGGACAGCAAUGCUCAGGAUUAUAAGCAGUUUAAAUUAUAAUGUGUCAGGCUAUGCCUUUGCAUCAAACAGAAAGUAGUAGUAAAUCUGCUUAGAAAGGAAAAUGACAACCUCCUAGAUUUCAAGAGUAUCCAAGACUUAUGGAUAAGCCCCAUGUUGUGCGAGUUUUAGACUCCAGGUCUUCUGAGCCAUUCAGUGAAAACAGACCCCUGCAGUGUGAUGGAGAGAGCCCAGGGCUUGGAGUCCAGAGACCUGGGUUCUAGUUGUGCCACUUUGGACAAUUUUCCUCUCCCUCCCUUGGCUUCAGUUUUCCUUCUGCAAAAGGGGAAGUAUGGAGUAGCCAGGUUCUAGGGUCCUCCAUGAGUUUGUAAUCAGGAAAAGUAAGGUUCCAACAAGCAAAAAGAAAGUAGAAAUGAAUGAAUAUUGGGAGUUACCAAGUAAAAUGGGAAAACAGAAAAACUCAGACUUGGAGUUUUCACAGAAACAGUAAUUGUUUGAAAUAACAUUUAAAGAUAAAGUUAAGAAACUGACAUUGCUCUUGGCAGAUUAUUUUAUUAUACCUGUAAUUGCUAAGAGCUCGGGAGCCAGAGCAGUGAUCACACAUGGGAGUUAAUUUAGAGUUCACUGCUGGUCUCCUUUAAGGACAAGUUUGACUGCAGUUAUUAUGAAAUUAAAUUCUCUGACUUAUAAAGUGAUAAAUGUAUUUUUUAAUUGCUCACAUGACUGAGCAAAUGCUUUGGGGGUGGGGGGUAUCAGUCAUAUAUUUAAAGCCAACAAGCAAUUUCCCACCAAUGAAUGUAGAACAUACUGUGAUAGGAUCAUAAUUAGGUCCUGAAUAUUUAAUAUCAUCAUUCACUGUGUCUGCUGCUUUUUUUCAGAACCUAUUUGGUAUAUCCUUUGCUAAAUACUGCACGGCAAAACUUAAUUAUCCUUUUAAUUCCUCUUUAAAAUCCUAUGGUGCCCCUUUCCCCAAGCUUUGUGAUAAUGAUGAUGAGAAUCUUUCCCUUAAUCAGACUGAAAAUGUCACAUGGUGAGUAUUCCAUUCCAGGAUAACAGCUUGCACCUUCCUUAGAACAACAUCGUCAGUGGAGGAGAAGGGGUGACGGCUCUCUCGGGGUAGUUUUGCCUGGUCUUGCACUAUUAGAAUUCUGGGGACAAGGGCCCAUAUUUCAGUGACUUAACCUGCCACUUUUAGGGAACUAGACCUUAUACUGUCACACAUUCCUCUGCCAUUUAUUUAUUUGGAAACAAAUCCAGGAAGGGUUUACUCUGCUGGAGCUUUCACUGACAUUAUGGAAUUCAGAAUCAGUGGGGUCGCAGGCUGGGGCCAUCUUUUUGCUCUACUUUGAAAACAUUUUUAAAUACCCCCAGAGCUAGGUAUGUGACCAGUGAAGCCUUAAUUGUCAAUAUUUUUGUCUAAUUCUGUAUAUAUAACUUAUUA